AUGCGUAACCCGGAAAUUUCAACUUCCGUCAGAAUUCAACCAACUCUUUUUACCUCUACCACCACCACCACUGACGGCGACGGCGACGGCGACCGUCAGCGAGCUCAGAGCCCUUAUCAGCGUGCGAACCGCUCGCUAUUACGCGGGCGACCGAGAAACUCGUCUCAAUCCCAUAUCCACCUUAACGCUGACCAUCCCCUUCGAGAGCUCUCCCCAUCACCACAACCACCAUCCCCAAACGCAAACGCUAGGAGAUCGCGUGUGGCGCCUAUGCAGCAGUCGGCAUCUCAUCAGGCUCCGACGAUGGCAGGAGCCUCUUUGUCGCCUGGGUUGGGCCUGAGCAAUAUGCUCAGGAGACGGAGGUCAGCGGGGAACAUCAUUCCUGCUUCCACUAGUGCCUCCAUUCAACCACCGCCCCCUCAAGCAGUGGGGAUCAACACCGAAGUUAACCGAACGGCUGCUGCCCUUACUCCCGCUGUACCGCCACCGCGCCCACACCCACACCCACCAACAUCCGCGGGUGGUGGCGCCACUCGACACAUCCGUCUAGUCCCUCACUUGGAUUCACGUCGUUCCCUCAGGUUCGACGCUAUCGGUCGGGACAUGAAAGAAGGCGACCUACCCCUCCGCAUUGGGCGGUUCACCGACCGUUCCGGAAUAGGCCUCGCAGCUGUCAAUGCGUUAGGUUCGAAUAAGCUCGCGUUCAGAUCGAAGGUUGUCUCGCGCGCGCAUGCAGAGAUUUGGGUAGAGCAUGGGGCAAAGUUUUAUAUCAAAGAUACGAAGAGCAGCUCUGGGACAUUUUUGAACCAUGUCCGAUUGAGCCCUGCGAAUACGGAGUCGAGGCCUUUCCAGAUCAAGGAUGGGGAUAUUUUACAGCUCGGCGUGGAUUAUCAAGGGGGCGCAGAGGAUAUAUAUAAGAGCGUGAAGAUUAGGGUUGAGCUUGGACGCGAGUGGCAGGCUGCACCUAAUGCUUUUAACACGAGUGCACUGAAGAAUCUCAAGACCCUCGCUGUGCCCUCUGUUAUCCCGAGCAAAUCGACGGGUGGAGCGAAGCUUGGACCAAAGUCACAAAUUCCCGACUGUUGUAUCUGUCUCUUCGGAGUAACCAUCCGCCAAGCACUCUUCAUCGCCCCCUGCUCGCACACCUUCCACUACAAAUGCAUCAGGCCCCUCCUCGAAUCGCACCACCCCGGCUUUUCCUGUCCCCUAUGCAGGACAUUUGCGGAUCUGGAAGAGGACGUGGAGGUGGAGCAUGAGGCUGAUAUGGAGAUUGACGUCGAGUCGCCUGUGGGUUCGGACGAGCAUGGUCAUGGGGGAGACGAUGACUCGGGAAUGGAGGAUGCGGAGGAUGAGGGACAGGCGGAUGAGGAGAUGGUUGAUUUGAAUGCGUUGGCUGAGGAAGAGGUUGCUGUGGCUAUGUUGGAUAAUGAAGGGGGUGAUGAUAUGGGUGUGAGGGUCAUCAUGGAUGGGGAGGACAUCGAUGGAACAGUUGGUGGAAAGAGGAAGCGUAUUGUUGAAAUGAACGGAUAUACGGGAUAUACCACUGAAAUUAAUAUUGAAUAA